AUGUCCAAGAUCACAUUCUACCGCGGCGACGGCUCCGUCGCCAUGGCAGGACACCUGCUGCUAGCCUACCUCGGCGCUCCCUACGACUCGGUCCACAUGGCGGCGAAUACCGGCGGCUACGAGGCCGUAGACGGCAGCCUGCCUCACCAAGAAUAUCGCAAGAUCAACCCCACCGGGUUGGUGCCCGCCCUGAGGAUCGAGGAGGAGGGACGUUCUACGAUAAUCACCGAGGUCCCCGCCGUCAUCACCUACCUCGCCUCGCUCGCCGACACUGUGCCUCAGGCAACACCAUCGUCCGGCCCUGGCCCCAACAGCCUGCUCGGACGCAACGCUGUCGAACGUGCCAAAGUGUACGAGUGGAUGGCGUGGCUGGCAGGCACGGUGCACGGGAUCGGGCUGGUCGAGAUCUGGCGGCCGUACCGGCUCGUCGCCGAAGGGGAGGCCGCCGCGGCCGCUGCACUCAAGAAGCGCGGGAUGGAAAUUCUGAACGAGGGGUACGCCAGGAUCGAACAGCGGAUCCGAGAGGGCGAUCUUGGCAUCGGGGGCGGCAAAGAUGGGUACUUCACGGCGGUUGACUUCAACCUCUACGUAUUCUGGAGGAUUGGCGCCUUGAUGCUCAAAGUAGUCAGCGAAGAAUCGCACCCGCACUACGCCGGGUUGAUGCGCAAGGUCGAGGCGCUGGAGUCGACAAGGAAGGUGUUGGAGGUAGAAGGGAACGGGGCUCUGGCGUUCAAGGAGUGA